ACUUCUAAAUUUGAAACUUUUCAAGUCGCAACGGUACUUCUUUCCUAAAGAGCCCUAAAUUGCACCGUUGCAAACUCAUAUGUGCACUCGUACUUUCUUCACGUCUAUAAAAUCCAAUCUCCAAAUUCUUGAAGAUGUCCCUUCUCUCUCUCUCUCUCUCUCUCUCUCUCUCUCUCAACUGGGAUUGUACCUUUUGUCAUAAAUCCUGUUUCUUCAACCUUUUCUCUUUUGUCAAACAAGAGGGGCUCUUUUUUCAGUACUACGGAGCCGACUGACCUAUGGAGAACAUACUCGAUUCAGUGGAGAAUAUGCAAGAAACGCCUUUUAAGAGUCUAAUGCAAUCCAAACCCACCAUGUUGGAUUGCAUAACACCAGCAAAGGAAGAUCAAGAGAUGGAUCAAGAAUCUGAGAAUAUGCAAGAAAAGCCUUUUAAGAGUUUAAUGCAAUCCAAACCCGCCAUGUUGGAUUACAUAACGCCAGCAAAGGAAGAUCAAGAGAUGGAUCGAGAAUCUGAGAACUCAGGCAAUGAUUUGCGCAAAAGUAGCGCUCCAUAUCGUCUCCAAGUUCCCAAGGCAUUCAAGUUCCCUGAAAGGUAUAGAAGCCCAACUGAUCUUAUGAUCUCACCCAUUACAAAAGGCCUUCUUGCAAGAAACAGAAAGGAUGGUGCUCUCUUGCCACCAAGUUUGAAUCAGCCCAAGCAGGUUCAAGAUGUAGAAGUUCAGGGUGAGGUGGCGGCUUUCAAAAUUGAGAUAUAAAUGUUGGCAGACAAAAAGCUAAAUCAGAUAGAUGGAUUGGUUUCUUGUAAUCAGAUGGGUUCUUGAACUUCAUGAAUUCGUCUGGAUAAAUAGUCUUGUUUUCCUGUCACCAUAAUAUUUCAUGAGAUGAGAUGUGUAGUCAUGGAAAAGAAACCAUCGUGCCCUUCCCAUUUCAGAGAAUUAUUAAAUAGGCAAGAUGAGGUUCGAUUCAA